CUACAAAUAGUGGCGCUUCCAGCCGUUGAAUAGAAUUAUACGCGUUGCCAUAGUUACAGGACGCCGCAAAGCUUUUGCCCGCCCUCCGCAGACCGCAGUAAGCUCCCGACCGUUGCAUUGUAUGGACGCUUAUUAUAACGCUCUUGUAUUCGAUGUUAUUCUUAAUUUGUGAAUACGUGUAAUUUUUUUAAAUUACUAACUAAUUACAUUCAGUAAGUGCUGCUUUAAAAAAAAUAUAUACAAAAGUUUCAGAAUGACUGUUUGCGGACGCAUAACUUUGUUAGGGCGAAUUUGGAUGCAGUUGACGUGUUUAUCUGUGAGGCUCAGUGUGUUGUGCUUGUAAGCCAUGAGGGCUUUGUCGAUACAAUUUGUGUGUAAUACAGAAACAUGACGUCACAGGAGCGAGCGAAUAUUUUCUCCGACGAUGACGAGGAUUUGCGUCCGCGUCAGCAGAGCCUGGGCGGAGUGCUGAGGCGCGAGGGCAACUGGAAGUGCUUCCUCCUCACCCUCAUGAUCGCAGGCUGCCUCGGCUCCGUCGCGUGGUGCAACACCGCAGAGAUCGACCGGGAACUCAUAGACCUCAACACGCUAUGGAGGAAAACUAGUCACGAAGUACUUGACAACCGACUGCGGGCAGAGUCAUGGUACCCAAUAAAGAGGACUGUUCGCGAGUCUCCAUGCGAUGUCGGCUACGCGUACAUACCUAUUGCGUUUGUGCUGCUCCUGUACUUGGUGUACCUGGUGGAGUGUUACCACAGUACGGCGAGGAUCCAGCUUGCAAAGCGAGUGGAUGUCGCAGCGGUCAGUGCGAGGGUUCACUCUAUGAGGACGGCAACCCCAAGGGUCUGGUGGAAAGCGAUCUGCUACCAUUACGUUAGGAGAAAACGACAAGUCACUAGAUACCGUAACGGGGAUGCCUACACUACCACACAGGUGUAUUACGAGAGAGUGAACACCCACAGUGCGAGCACGUCAUUCGCACACGCAUGCUGCGGGCAACGUGACGCAUCUAGAAAUCUUGUUUUGGACACGAAUACACCCAUCACUAAAGUACGCUUCAGCAAGGGGUUUGCUUUCGCCAAUAUCGAAGCAGCUAGUGAAUUCGAAGACCAAAGGUCAAGAUUUUUCGCAGAACAUGAAAGAUUCGAUGAUUUUAUGGAAAUGCGUGAAGGAUUAGAUUUAAUAGGAGUUAGUUCCUUCAAAGAAUACAUGGUAGCUUACAGGGAUUCGGAUCGGUGUCCCUGGUACUCAUCUCAAUUACUCUUUUGGACGCUAUCCUGCCUUCUUCUUUCCUGGCCUCUUAGGAUAAUUAUAGAAUGUAACACCGCGUAUGUACAUUAUACGAUAACAAAAAUUUUUGGUACAAACUACGAAUUAGACCCUAGUCGACAGUUAGAUUUAGAAACACAUUUGUCGGAUACAUUGCCACCAGUUCCUGCCACAAAUUACGCUUGGGCGUUAGCUGACGAACAAAGUGCCAUUCUGUGUUCUGCUGCAAGACCUCCACGGACACUUCCUCUAUCACAUGCAUCUACUGUAGACAGCCUUGAAUUAUUCGCCGCUAUUCGGGGCAACUGUGCCAUUGUACCAUCAUACUCAGAAGCUAUGCGCAUCGAUGCUGCCCUUAGAGAAGAUCCAGCUGAGAACACUUCUAACGCUGGAGUCUUAAUAGACAUGGAGCCAGAAGAGAGACCAAAUCGACCAACGAUAAAAGCAGCUUCAUUUGAUGAACCACCAAGAAGGCCUAGAGUUAAGAUCGCUAGUACCCAUUCAAGUAACAACAUUGCUGGUAGUGCUAGAUCUCAUGAAGCUAAACUACAGAACAGAAGAUCCUGGGCGGGUGUUCUAACAACAGCUCGAAGUGCACGGCAAAUUUUAGAAGACUUUACGAAUAAUUCUGUUAACUAUCAACCUAUACCUGAAACUCAAGUAACGAGAAAUGGAGAAAACACGAUCUAUUUCUCUAGAGAGUUAUCGCCUACUUGUUCGAGAGAUCCAUUCGGUGGCCGAGCAUUAACGACGCCGACUGAUGAGCCUCCGUCUUAUGAAGAGGCGUUAAAGUUACCAGCUUUGAAGAAGUUGACGAGAUCUAUUACUGGAACAGAUUUAGCGGGUCCUAGAAGAGCUUUCCUAAAGGAUGUCUUAUCUAAUAGACGAUCUUGUUUAGAGGGUGUUGGUGUUUUAGCGGGGACUAAAGUUGUUAGGUUACCGUACAGUGAGUCAGGUGAAGAAACACCUCUAUAACGCUCCUAUUUUCGAAGACUUUUUAUGGUGCAAUAAAGUUGUAUUUAUAAUAAGAAUUUAUUUAGGCGAUACAUGUUAUUAAUAGAGGCCACAUAAAGUGAGAUUAUUAAGUUAUUUGUAAGCUUAGGAAUUGUUAUGCGCUAAAGAGCUUGCCCGGUUCUAAUUUUAUAAUACUUAAAAAAUCUAUUGUAAAAGACUUGGAAUUGAUUAUUUACAAUUUUUUAUCGCAAUAGAGACUAAUCGUCCAAAUAUGAUUUCAUAAGACCUUCGUAUCAAAUCUACUUUCUAAAGUCCUAACUCUAGAUUAUUUAAUGAGAAAAAUCUAGUAAUGAUUCUUGUAAAUAUUGCUUAUUGCUUACAUCUUUUAUAGAAUAGAAUAGUCCUAUUCCUAGUUAUCUUUAUUAGUCAUACCUAUAUUUUUUGACUGUACUUCAAACUUGCUUGGUACUUGCUUGCUGAUUUUCAUUAUCAUAUUUUAUUUAUUUUUGUUACUUGCUAAUAAUAUUGUUGUAAAUAAAUGUAAUUUUAAGGCAGUGCCUUGUAUUAAAUCUAGUGGUAGGCUUUAUAAUAUGCUGUCUUCUAAUGCUUCCAGUUUUUUUUUUAUAAUUUGUGUAUUUUGUUUUGAUAUUUGUUUGUAAUUAUUCAAUGAUCUGCAAAAGACACAAACACAGAAGUUCACAUAUAGAAUUAAGGCUUAACGCUUUUUAAAUUAUUUUUUAUCGAUGACUAUUAAUGUAAACAUCUUUAAUCGCACAAUUUUUAUAAAUGAUUUCUUACGUAUUGAAACUGUUUAAAUAUAGAUUUUACUACCCAAGUAUUGUAUUUGCCUCAUUGUAAUUUAGAUGCUUUCCAAACCACACGUUAGCUUAGAAUUUCUAGUCAACUUUCGACAACUAUGGUGCACAAAUUCCUUAAAAUAAAUAAUGAUUAGAUUAAGUUGUUAAAGUUAUGUUAUUACCUAAUUGUACAUUGCCAAAAGUGAUAUUAAAGAUACAUAGUAUGUACAUCUAAAGAGUCUAGUUCAAUUAUUUUAGUGAAUAUUUGAUAAAAACGGGCUUUUUAAUGUUGUAAAUGUUAUCUGAAAUAUUUAGAUAUAACAAAUAUUGACUUGUGUAAAAUGCAAACUACACUAAGAGUUAGUAGGUACCAUACACAUAAAUUAUUUCUGAAAAAUGAAUUGAAAUUUUUGGUUUCAGUUCUACAAUGCAAACUACUAUUCUACUAUUGGUUUUUACACCGUUUCGGGUUGACCUAAAUUCUAGUACUACAUAAUACAAUUUUAACGAAACCUAUUUUGUGAAAAAAAAAAUGUAAGGCUGAAGCCUAGCUACCUAAAUACGGUAUUUUACACAAGUCAAUAUUCCCACAGGUUCAUUGUAAAUAUUACCCAGGUAUUAAAAUAAUAAAAAAAUGUUAUAUAAGUUAUAUAAGUGCCAACAAACUAUAUAGAAUUGAAGGUAGGUAAAUAAAUUUUUCUCAAAAUGUUUAGAAUGCUGCAAAUUCUAAAUGUCAAUUAUGAAUAUUUAGGCUUCGUACUGACAAACUACUAAAUGGCUAACUCAUUCUCGUUCAUGAUCAAUAAGAUGUUAGCGUUAGAUGAAACUCGUAGAUAACACGCUUCUUAGCACACGUUUUUAUGUUGAAAAAGUUGUUUCAUCUGUCAGUCCGAAGGUUCUACAUUACAAAAUUCAUUUUACCAAAUUCACCUAAUCACGCGAAAUCGAUAAUCUAUAUCGAUUUUGCAAUUAGAAUAUCUGAUUUUUGACUUGAAAUACUUUAUUUUUCCAACAUAACUACUAUUUAAUUAAUCUAUUCUAUAAAACGCUUUUAAUUAUUUAUUUAUUUACUCAAAGCAACAAUUAUUGUACAACUCGUAAUGUAAGGUAGUCUACGCUAUAUAAAUAAAAUAUUUUCGAUUGUAAAUUAUGGGUGGACGAAACAUGUUUAUUAUUUUCAAUAAACGUUAUG